CUAACGUAUAAUUAAAUAAAGAUUGAUGCACUGUUCAAUUCUCUUCUUUCACUUCACCUGAGUCACACGCACAGAGAGACGGUGAGAACGAAGAAGAUGGCUAGCGGCGGUUUGAAGAAGAUGUUAACCUCUGCAAUCAACGGAGGUCUGACUUCUGCACGAGCAACCAUAUUCGGUCAUCAAUUGAACCCUUCAGGGAAGAAAUCUGCUCACAAAAUUCUCCGUAUGAAAAUGUUUGGUGAAAAAGUUGCUCAAUGGUACCCUCAUGAUAUCAAUGAAGAUGACCCUAAUGUUAUGGCUCGUCAACAACAAGAACGUUUAUCGAAGCUUGAAAUGUUGAAGCGUCGAGGUAAAGGCCCCCCUAAGAAGGGACAAGGAAAGCGUGCUAAAAAAAGCAACAAAUAGAUUAUACUCUUGUCUUGAAUUCAUCCUAUGGGUAUAUUGGUUUAAAUCAAAGACUAGUUGUUGUUUCUGCAAACACUUUUGAAUUUGAUUUAUUUGAUCAGAAUGACAGAUUUCUUAUUGACCUCUUCCUGGGAGAAAAUUUGAGAGUUGAAACCGUCUAAUUUGGUUGGAGAUCUGUCUCUUUUGUGCCAUUAACGUUUCAUAAUUUGAUGUAGUCUACCUUGAAUGUUUAUCACAAGGUUAUAUAUAAAUAGCCUUUUUAUUUUGUUAUUAGUCUUAAUGGUGUGUUUUGGUAAGCAGUUUAAUUGCUUAUUUAAGCGUUUAUGUAUGUUAUUUCUAUUAUCAAAGAGGAUCGUUGAAUUAUUUUCA